AUGGCCUAUCAAGAUUAUAUCUCCCCAGCAAUGUCACAGUAUCCCCGAUCGUCGAUAUCAUCUUACGAUCGGUCACCAGCACCUGCCAUGAGCUACUCCGUAUCAUCGGAUAGCAACUGCUCGAGACAGACUACAUCAAGCACAUCAUCCGCGUACUACCACGCAGAUAGCAAUGCUUCGUACACACAUUCACAAAUGAGCUAUCAAAAUCACGGCGCACGCUCGAGCCAAGAAGCCGAUCCUAGCUGUCCGCAGGUCAAACGAUCUUCAUCUCGAUCAUCAAGACAAGAUUCACAGCCGAGAUCAAGCCCACGGUACAUAUGCGUCCAUCCAGGCUGCGAAUCCAGCUUCAGUCGCCCGGCCGAUUUGAGUCGUCAUCAAACUUCAGUCCAUUUCCGCGACGGUGUCAUGUUGGACUGCCCUAAGCCUCGAUGUACCCGAAAAGGCGAUCAGGGUUUCUCAAGGCAGGACCAUCUGAUUGAACAUCUACGCCAAUUUCAUUGUAUGAAACUCGCGAAACGCUCUUCCAAAUCACAACGUCGCGAAUAG